AGGUAGGAUCGGUUAAUUUUGUUGUGAAGAAACAUGGGAGGUGGGAAGGACAAGCAUGAUGACUCUACUGACAAAGGGCUGUUUUCACAUCAUGGUCAUCACCCUCCUGGACAGUACCCUCCACCACCUGGAGCAUACCCUCCCCAAGGCUACCCACCAGCUGGAUAUCCUCCACAGGGAUACCCUCCUGCUGGAUACCCUCCUGCUGGUUAUCCUGGUCCCUCUGCUCCACACCACUCAGGGCAUGGAUCGGGCAUAGGAGGCAUGAUUGCUGGGGGCGCUGCAGCUGCGGCAGCGGCUUACGGUGCCCACAUGACUCACGGUGGACAUGGAGGUCACUACGGACAUGGACAUGGUCAUGGAAAGUUCAAGCACGGCAAGGUCAAGCACGGGAAAUUUGGGAAGCAUAAGAAGCAUGGGAUGUUUGGAGGGAAGUUCAAGAAGUGGAAGUGAUUUUAUGAUCCUCAACUGAAACUAUACAGUGGUUCUGAGACUUUUGCUUAUCCUUG